AAGAGCUCGUUACUCCAACGUGUAGAGAUGUGAUUGUGAAUGCGGCGUGUAGAGUCGACAGGACUCAACUGUAUUAGUUAGUCAUCAAUGGGGAGAUUUAGCUAGCUACACAUACGGGGAUUGCUAAACCUGAAUCAUGCACAUCGUCAUUACAUCUAACUGGGAGUGGAGCAGAAAUUGUGCAAGAUAUGGAUAGGAGUUAUCUUUGGUUCUAGAGAUUGCGCGGUUGUUGCUCCGAGUCAAGUUUCCAGCAAGUCCCAUAUUCCAUAAUGCUUCACGAGGACUCGACUCAUUGGAACCAUGUGCACAUUUCCUCACGUGUGUUUCAUGUUGAAGCGGUGAGGCUGGGAUAAAACGGGAAAAUUAGCAAACAACAAGCAACCGUGCAGAUAUAUAUAUAUAUUUAUUUUUUGGGGGGGUCGUAGACUUUCUGUGAUUUCUGAAGUCGAGGAGGAAGGUGUGGACGGUAGUUGUGAUCCAGCUCAAAUAAAUCAGAAACAUGGGGAACGCAGGGAGUAUGGACCAACAAACUGAUUUCAGGGGACACAACAUGCCUUUGAAACUGCCGAUGCCGGAGCCAGGUGAAUUGGAGGAGAGAUUCGCAAUCGUUUUGAAUUCGAUGAACCUUCCUCCAGACAAAGCGCGACUACUGCGGCAGUACGACAACGAGAAGAAGUGGGAGCUCAUCUGUGAUCAGGAACGAUUCCAAGUGAAGAACCCACCUCACACAUACAUCCAGAAGCUGAGGGGUUAUCUGGACCCAGCGGUCACCAGGAAGAAAUUCCGACGGAGAGUGCAGGAGUCCACCCAAGUCCUGAGAGAACUGGAAAUUUCGUUAAGGACAAAUCACAUAGGGUGGGUGAGAGAAUUCCUCAACGACGAAAACAAAGGCCUGGAUGUGUUGGUGGAGUAUCUUUCUUUUGCGCAGUACGCUGUCACGUUUGAUGGCGACAGCGCGGAGAACAACCUGGAGAAGUCGGUGGACAAGCCCUGGAGCAGAUCCAUAGAGGACCUGCACGGGGGGAGUAACUUCCCGUCCCCCGUCAACGGGAACAGCAUCUCCCGCGCCGGGCGACACUCCACGCUACGGACGCCAAGCUCUUUAAAAUGCCCAAAGUGUUCUCAAGGACGAUGUUGCAACACGUUGCCGAGCCGGAGAACUCUGAAGAACUCCCGGCUGGUCUGUAAGAAGGACGACGUUCACGUCUGCAUCAUGUGCCUGCGAGCCAUCAUGAACUACCAGUACGGCUUCAACAUGGUGAUGUCCCACCCGCAUGCUGUGAAUGAAAUUGCACUAAGUCUCAACAAUAAGAAUCCCAGAACCAAAGCUCUCGUGUUGGAGUUACUGGCCGCCGUGUGUCUCGUCAGGGGAGGACACGAAAUCAUCCUCUCUGCGUUCGACAACUUCAAGGAGGUGUGUGCUGAGACACAGAGGUUCGAGAAGCUAAUGGAACACUUCAAGGACAUGGACAACAACAUUGACUUUAUGGUGGCGUGUAUGCAGUUCAUCAACAUCGUGGUCCACUCAGUAGAGGACAUGAACUUCAGGGUUCACCUGCAGUACAACUUCACCAAGCUCUGUCUGGACGACUACCUGGACAAGCUGAAGCACACGGAGAGUGACAAGCUGCAGGUGCAGAUCCAAGCCUACCUGGACAACGUGUUUGACGUGGGCGCCCUGCUGGAGGACGCCGAGACCAAGAACGCCGCGCUGGAGCGGGUGGAGGAGCUGGAGGAGAACAUGUCACAUAUGACGGAGAAGCUGCAGGACACGGAGAACGAGGCCAUGUCCAAGAUCGUGGAGCUGGAGAAACAGCUGAUGACGCGCAACAAGGAGCUCGACGCCGUCCGGGAGGUGUACAAGGACGCCAACUCGCAGGUGCACACGCUGCGGCGGAUGGUGAAGGAGAAGGACGAGGCCAUCCAGAGGCAGUGCAACCUGGAGAAGAAGAUCCACGAGCUGGAGAAGCAGGGCACUAUGACGGUCCAGAAGAAGGGCGACGGGGACAUCUCCAUCCUGACCUCGCCGCCCGCCCCCGGGGGCCCGCUGGUGGCCGGAUUUGAGGGUGUACCAGGGGGCUAUAACGGGGGUGCGGUCAGCCCGAUGGGGUCGAAUGGGAUCCCGGGAAUGCCCGCGCCGCCCCCUCCUCCUCCCCCACCACCUGUGCCUGUGCCAAAUGGACCAUUGGCUGGCCUCGCCGCUCCUCCCCCUCCCCCGCCGCCCCCGCCUCCCCCUGGCCCUAUGGCGGUGCCUGCCCCCCCGCCCCCUCCUCCACCCCCCAUGGCCCCACCGCUGCCCGGCUGUGGAUCCCCCACUGUCAUCUUCAACUCAGGGUUAGCAGAGGGACCCAUCAAACUGUUCUCCGUGAAGAUUAAGAAGCCCAUCAAGACCAAGUUCCGUUUGCCGGUGUUCAACUGGGUGGCACUGAAGCCCAACCAAAUCAACGGCACCGUGUUCAACGAGAUCGACGACGAGAGGAUACUGGAGGACCUGAACGUGGAUGAGUUUGAGGAGAUGUUCAAGACGAAAGCCCAGGGCCCGGCCAUCGACUUGGCCGUGAGCAAGACCAAGAUCAUCCAGAAGGGUCCCAACAAGGUGGCGCUGCUGGACGCCAACCGGGCCAAGAACAUGGCCAUCACCCUGAGGAAAGUGGGCAAGGCCCCCGAGGAGAUCUGCAAGGCCAUUCAGCUGUUUGACCUGCGCACCCUGUCGGUGGACUACGUGGAGUGUCUGAUGCGCUUCCUGCCCACGGAGAACGAGGUGAAGAUCAUGCGUCAGUACGAGAAGGAGCGGAAGCCCGUCGAGGCUCUGACGGACGAGGACCGCUUCAUGAUGCACUUCAGCAAGAUCGAGCGGCUCAUGCAGAAGAUGACCAUCAUGGCCUUCAUAGGCAACUUCUGCGAGAGCGUUCAGAUGCUGACGCCGCAACUUCAUGCGAUCAUCGCAGCAUCUGUGUCAAUAAAAUCCUCACAGAAACUGAAGAAAAUUCUAGAGAUUAUCUUGGCUCUCGGAAACUACAUGAACAGCAGUAAAAGGGGAGCGGUAUACGGUUUUAAACUACAAAGUUUAGAUUUGCUACUAGACACCAAGUCGACAGACCGGAAAAUGACACUGCUGCACUACAUAGCCAACGUGGUGAAGGAGAAAUACCAGCAGGUCAAUCUGUUCUACAACGAACUGCAUUACGUGGAGAAGGCCGCAGCAGUGUCGUUAGAGAACGUUCUGCUGGAUGUGAAGGAGCUCCAGCGGGGAAUGGACCUGACCAAGAGAGAGUACAGCAUGCACGGUCACAACACCAUGCUCAAAGACUUCAUCACACACAACGAGGGCAAGCUGAAAAAGCUGCAGGACGACGCCAAGAUCGCACAGGACGCCUUCGACGAGGCGGUCAAAUUCUUCGGCGAGAAUUCCAAAACGACGCCCCCGUCUGUGUUCUUCCCGGUGUUUGUGCGCUUCGUCAAGGCCUACAGGCAAGCGGAGGAGGACAACGAGCAGAAGAAGAGAGCGGAGCAGAUGAUGAUGGAGAAACGUCUGGAGCAGGAGGCCAUGAUGGACCAGGAGGACAAGAAGUCUCCGUCCCAUAAGAACACCCGGGGCAGGAGUCAGCAGCAGGAGGUGAUAGCUGAGCUGAGGAAGAAGCAGGUGAAGGAUACGGGCAGCCGCCACGUCUACGAGGGAAAGGACGGAGCCAUCGAGGACAUCAUCACCGUGCUGAAGACAGUGCCCUUUACCGCCCGCACAGCCAAACGGGGCUCUCGGUUUUUCUGCGAGCCGGUUCACAAUGAGGAGAGCCAUUACUAAAGCUUAGAACUCUCUCUCUCUGAAAGAUCUUCGCAAUCAGCCUUACAGGCGAGCCGACGCGGUGAGGAGGAGCGUCAGGAGACGCUUUGACGACCAGAACUUGCGGCCGGUCAACAACUCUGAAGUCGUCAUUUGACGAGGGAGAAGUGCAUGUGUUAGGGGCGGAGGGGGAGUGAUGUGGAAAGUGUAGCAGUCUCUCACUCUUAAGGACUGAAGGAGAGAUGAUGGGUCUGACAGGUCAGUUAUAGGGAACCUUAGACAAGCAAAGUGCCUAAAACGUACUUGUGUUCAGUUGUUGUUUUGCCUCCUGUUUGUCUGUCUUGUGAUUUUUAUUUUUUUAUUACUUCAAGCAAUACAACUUGAUCUGGCUUUGUGUUUUCCUUUGAUAUGUAAAACUGGACACAGACGUCUGUAGCAGGGAUUCCUGAAAGAAGUGUAGAAUGUAACGGGUCACGGUUCCCUUAGCUGUCGAAAGGUAUUCCGCCACAGGGGAUGAAUAUGGUAUUUCAUAGCUAGUAUCUUACUACAUUCCUGGUGCUACUGCCAUCACUCUUAGAAAUUACACAAUGUGCUCAAGUGGCACUUUAAAGAACGCAUGAGCUUUUCCAUUGUUACUAAAGGGCUAAUGUACUUUUUAAAGGGGACAUACACUAUAUAUACAAAAGUAUGUGGAUUUGUCUGUUUCAGCCACACCCGUUACUGACAGGUAUAUAAAAUCAAGCACACCGCCAUGCAAUCUCCAUAGACAAACAUUGACAGUGGAAUGGCCUUACUGUAGAGCUCAGUGACUUAACGUGGCACCGUCAUAGGAUGCCCCCUUUCCAUCGAGUCAGUUCGUCAAAUGUAUGCCCUGGUCGACUGUAGGUGCUGUUACUGUGAAUUGGAAACGUCUAGGAGCAACAACAGCUUAGCCGUGGUAGACUACGCAAGCUCGAAGAACGGAACUGCCGAGUCCUGAAGGCAAGUCAAUGUAAAUAAGAAUUUGUUCUUAACCGACUUGCCUGGUUAAAUGAAAAUUGUCUGUCCUCGGUUGCAACACUCACUACAGAGUUCCAAACUGCCUCUGGAAGCAACGUCAGCACAAUAACUG